GAGCCUCGUGAUACUGCCAAAUCUGCCCCACAACCUCUCACCCCCUCGCCCGCAGGUUCUCGCGCCCUUCUUUGCCCCACAACCUUUCCCACCUCGCCGCAGGUUCUCGCGCCCGUCCUUGCACAUCUAGAUUUGCUCGAGGACAAUCGACUGACCGGCCGCCGGAGGGCAACGAUGCCACCGAUGGUGAUCAACGGCGUUACGGUGGAGGACAAGGACGUCCUCGUCGUCGUCCACCAAGAAGGAGGAGGAGAAAGGAAGCCGAGGUCGAGCCGAUGCAGCGGCGUUGCUCAACGCAAGAUCGAGACGAGCUUCAAGUACUACAACAACGUGAUUUUCGAAGCAAAAGACAUGCACAACCUGCUGGAUUACUUUGGUGGCCUGUGGACAGAGGGUGCCCAAUACAAAAUCUCUCGAGUUAAGAAGCGGUAUGCGUAUGCCUUAGCAUAUAGAGGGGAGCUCAUGGAUGCACUCAAACAUGUAAAUCGGUAUCUUGGAGGAAAUAUCUCAUUCAUCAGCGAUGACUUUGAAAGCUUCGAGGGUUUGCAUGCUGGAGCUGCACUUACUGAUGAAAAAAGACUUACCGGUCACUCUGGCCGGUGCUUCGUUGUGAAACUUACUAGGUUCUCUACCUGAGCAGGCAAGCUAAAGAUGACGUUGACGAGGCUGAAGGUGCAGCAUGCUUUCGGGGGGUUUUCUGGUGUUCUGAUGGCAUGUGUCUUCACCGAUGUCCGUGGGAAGAUGCAAGCAUAGAAAAGGCGUGAAGUGUAAAUGUUGCGAGUCCUGCGUGGCUGUUUAUCCCAUUUGCUGUAUCUGAACUGAACAUCAUCUAUUGCAAUUCUAUCGACUGAAUUGAGCUCUUCAA